UUGCCAAAAAAUAAAUAAAAAGACUGAAUAUGGGGACUAUCAACGAAUCGAAAGUCGUGCGCCAUUUUUGUCAGUUGUCAACUUCGUGUUUUCGCAACAGAUUUUACUGGAAUUUCAUCGCGCGAUUUUGCAGUGAAUCGAUGUUAAAAAUUCCUAAAUUUAGUGAAAAAUAAAAAUUUAAAACAUACUCAACAUUUUGCUACCAAGUUUUUAAGGAUCUCUGACUUUUAAGCGGAGUUGAACUACUUUGAAUUUUAGCCUGGUGACGAAGUAGUUUCAUCAAAAAUGAGCGCAAAUGCGCUGGGCGGCGUUGGAAAUCAGAUGGCGCUUCCGAUUACGACGACAACUGUACCGCCCGCACAAGAAAACAUUGGUGAGACAGUGGAGCCACUGGAGCACAGUGAAUCGCAAAUUAGAAUCAAUGAACGAGUAGCACCAGCUACAAUAAGCAGCGCUAAAGCUAUUGGAGGUGGAAAAAAUGUUAAUGAACGCAAAACAACGUGUGCAGUAUCCUCCAACGUCGAAGAGAAACUGCGUAAUGAGAGGGAUUCAAAGGUGACUGAGCUACUGGGUUCUGUGAUAAUGCAUAAUUGUCCGGGGACGCGUGCUAGUGCACGAGUCAUUCAAAAAAUGAAACAAGAUCAGACACGACCUUUAUCACCACCACCAAAUGAACGCGAUCAUCAGAAACGCGAUGAAAAAACAAUACACAAAACUCCUUCACAAUUGCGUAGUAAUAAGCCGACGUGGACAAAUUUAGAGCGUAACCAUUUUUUCGAUGCUCUAAACGAGUUUGGCAAGGACUUCGAAGCUGUAGGCAAUUAUAUAAAUACAAAACUAAAACGCAGAAGCUCGGCAGAUGGGGCCUUCAAAACGAAAGAUCAAGUGCGUCAACACUACUAUCAAACUUAUCACAAGAUUUGCAAGUAUAUGAAAUUCUCUGAUGAGGUUAAGAAGCCUGUUCAGGAGUUGUAUGCGCUUAUUAAUUAUGGCGAAAUGCGAAGAAAACUUCAAUUUGUAAGCGAUAAACAAUUUAUGAAAUUGCGAAAUCUUGUGUACCAAGGUCACAUAACUGUGCGUUACAAGGGUAAGAAUUUGCGCAUUAAAACACCAUCAUGUAAGGCACUGCGAAGGCUGAACCAAUUAGACGACUCCCUCGAGGAUAUUCGUCUGCCAUCAAAAAUUGAAGUGAUUGUCAGCCCUGCUACCAUGGAAGCAUUCGGACGCGUUCAGACUGUCGCUCAAAACCCUCGUGUUCGCACCACUGUGCCACUUCAUAAGAAACUUGUAAAUUUUAUUAAAACCUUUCAAUUAAAAUGGAAAAGCGCCGAUCAAAAACUGGCAGAAGAAGAACUGAAAUUAUUUCCAUUACUUGGUGCUGCAGCAAACAUUUCACAUUCAGCAGAGUGUAAUGGUGUGCUGUCAGCAGAUAACACUGAGAAAAUACCCGCCUUCCAAGAUCCUGAAAUGUGUUUUUUACCCAAACCAGGUGUUGCUAUACACCGCCCAUUAUUGAGCAUAACGGAAUACCUUGGUAGUGGAAACAUUUGUCUUACCGCUUAUGAGGAACGUAUGGGUGUGAAAGUGCGUGGUGAAACACUUUUUCAGGAGAGAGCUGCUAACAAACGGCCACGCACGGAAAGCGGAUCAGAAAAGCGAUCACCUGAUUCGAAGAAAAAUAAGCAAAUAAGUAGUCCGCCAUAUGAGAAAACUGAUUGUGAAGGACAUAUUGGUGAUGCAGCGGUUAAAGAAGAAAUUGGCAUAACGCCAGAUCAAGAGUUGGGCCCACAUAAAGGUGAAAGCAGCAGCGAUGAGUUGAGUGAUGAAUUGCAUGAGUUGUUGAAUGCCGAAGUGGAUGACAAUGCGCACAUCAAGGAGGGGCCUGAUAAUUCGCAAGAGGACGUAAAGUCAACCUUAACUGCAAGUGACACAGUAUACACGACAAAUUCAAAUCCCCACACUUCCAAUCACAACCAACACACUACCGCCAAUCAGACGCGUAUGCGACGAAACGCUAAUACGCGCGGUGCUGGACGCACCAGUGCACCCAAUUUUAGGCCACUCAUCAGUGAGGGAGUUAUACGACGCAUACGAAAGGGCUGGACCGUUUCAACUGCGGCAGAUAUAACCAUCGGGGAUCUUUAUGUGGUUCUGGGGCAGGAUUCUAAGCUCGAACUGGAGUACUACUGGACAGAUAGGCAGCAACAAGCGCUACCGAUUGCGAACGGUGCUAGCACAAGUACUGCUGUGAAUAAUGCAAACACCAUAAAUGGCACCGGUGGCUGCAGCGUGGCACUAGUUGGAAGCAGUAGUCCAAACGUUGCGACUGUACUUGAUUCCAUGACGCAGUCGGAUACGAAAGUUUUCAUGCAAAAGCAAAGUGGUAUGCCGUACAAUCCAAAUGAAUGCGAUGAUCAUGAACUGCUUAAAUCACUUUCUUCCGCUGGCGUUGCAAAUAAACUUAAGCAUCUGCUGUUGAUUGCCAAUUUGAGCGAAAGAAUGCGUAAACGACAGUGUUCCUGUGGACAUAUAUGUGAUCGUAAUGUAGCAAAAACAAGACUGGAACGCAAUUUGGCCACAAAGACCUAUGUCUCCGCAAAAACGUUUUCCACCAAUAACCCCAACGAGACCAAUACCGUUUUUCGACAGCCAGUGGUGCCUAUACGACGUCCGCUAUUCAAUAUGGAUACAGUGAAACAGUUGAAUCCAAUGUCUCGCCAAAAACAAUCAAUGCGUCAGGUGCUGGUUCAACGUAUGCUGCUACCUGGUGGUAAUACUGGCAAUCAGACUUAUGAUCUUUUAAAUGUGAAAAAUUUCGAAAACCCUCGAAAAAUGUUUGAAAAUGUAUCAGACACGACACAAAGCGUGGUCGAAGAAUCUCAUGCGACCCAGCAAAAUGACUCGCCUAUGACCAGUGCAGUCAUGGAAACCACAGCAGCGCAUACAAUACAUUACAAUCCGACGCCAAUUAGUACAUCCGCGCAUUUUAAUGAAUUUACAAAUCACUGUGACCGUGACGAUGCAACUAGUAAUGUGGAAGAGACGGGGCUGCUGGAGAAUAACCCCUCGACUUCCGCGGCUUAUGAAAUGACUGAUAUCACUGCAAACAACGUUGAUGUNUUGUUUGAAAAUGUAUCAGACACGACUCAAAGCGUGGUCGAAGAAUCUCAUGCAACCCAGCAAAAUGUCUCGCCUAUGACCAGUGCAGUCAUGGAAACCACAGCAGCGCAUACAAUACAUUACAAUCAGACGCCAAUUAGUACUUCCGCGCAUUUUAAUACAUUUACAAAUCACUGUGACAGUGACGAUGCAACUAGUAAUGUGGAAGAGACGGGGCUGCUGGCGAAUAACCCCUCAACUUCCGCGGCUUAUGAAAUGACUGAUAUCACUGCAAACAACGUUGAUGUUGCUCACAUUUUUGAAUCUUCCGGACUGGAUAAUGCAGACAUGUCGCUUUCAUCCUCAUUUCCCGACAGCGCCUUUGAUGAAUGUACAAAUGCAAAUUCUUUCAACGGUAUGACACCCACUCAUUUGCUACGAGAAUCUACUUCGAAUUCCCGUUGGCUUGAAGACAAUCUUAAUGAUUUCUCCUUAACUAGUCUGCUCGGCCACUUGGACGAAAUCAAUACAAGUCGUGAUAUUUUGGACCCCUCGUCGAAUUUAUCGGUCAUCAGCGAGAGCAGCGUCGAUUAUAUGCAUAAGUUUCAAGAGAUUACUGCCUUAAUGCAGAGCCAGGAUAAAGAUUAAAAACUUUAAAAUGAAUUUAAGGUCUGUAGUUCGUUAGCGGGUGUUCCAGACUAUUCGCAGUUUGUACGGAUCUGACCAAACUAAAUAGAUAUUAGUUAGUUAUAGCUACAACACCAAUAGAUUGUAAGCACUAACUUAUUAUUAUUAUUUUUUUUUUUUGUUUUUACCUUUAUUAUUAUUUUAUUUUGUUUAAGCAGCGAUAAAUAAGUUUGAAGCAUACACACAUGCAUGCAUAUAUUAGCACGUAUUUAUACACAUACAUCUCUAUACAUAUAUAUAGUUAUGAACAUGCUCAUUUAGACACGAGUCUAGAAAUUAUUUUCCUUCAUAUACAAAUUUUUACAAAUCAAAUUUAAAAAAAAAAAAUUAGAAAUAACUAUUAAUUUGUGCUUUAAUCGCUUUACUCAAAAUGAUUUAUUUAUUUUUCUAAAUUGCAAGCUGUUUGUUAUCUAGUAACAUAACUUACAAUUU